AUGCCAUCCGAGGCAGAGCCUCUUCUGAGCAAUCAGCACCCACGCCCACUCGCUUCACGGUCACAGAGACUGUCGCGCUAUUUCCACGAUGAGCUCGAUCCACGACGUGGAGAUUUGCUGCUCCUCUUCUGUUAUAUUAUUACAGGCCUACUGGACAGUUCUGCCGUCUUCAUCUGGGGCUCCUUUGUGAGCAUGCAGACCGGGAACACCGUCUAUUUCGGCCUCGGCCUGGUCGGAACAGACGAUGAUCGUUGGAUCAAAUCGGGCGUCUCGAUCGCGGGCUUUUGCCUGGGAUCCCUUUGCUUCGCAGGCUUCCAUCGCACUUUCUCUCCUCGACAACGCUGGGUCCUUGUCACUUCUUUCCUGAUUCAAUUGGCGUGUAUCACCGCAGCAGCCAUCAUCGUGACGAUUUAUCGACCAUCUCGGGACGCGCCCCUGAGCUGGCUAGUCUUAGUCCCCCUUGCGCUGGUCGCAUUCCAGAGCAGUGGCCAGGCGGUGACGAGUCGCGUGCUCAAGUAUAACGGCCUAACGAGUGUGGUUCUCACCAGCGUCUACUGCGAUUUAUUCUCUCAUCCUGAUUUUCUGUCACCCAAGGUUAUUGGCAAUGCCGAGGAGAUGCGUCGCACGGGAGCGGUGAUCUGCCUCUUAUUUGGAGUCAUACUGGGAGGGCUGUGGGCCCACAGCUCGGUGGGCUUGAUGGGGGCGCUAUGGACUGCGGCAUUGUUGAAAGCAGCGAUCGUGCUCGCGUGGCUAUUUUGGAAGAAGGAGGGACGUUUAGAGAGGUGA